CGCUAGCCGGUGUUUACAAUUCACAAGUUUGGAGAUUGUUGUUUUAAAAUACAUUAUUAGAUUUUUGUGUUUUUUUCAAAAAUGACUUCUAUAGAGGCGUAUGUAUUGCGCAUUAGACCGGCGGUCGAUGAUUUCGUCAAGCAACCAAGCAAAACAACACUGGCAAAAGUCAAACAGGAAGUAACAGGAUUUGAUUUUUCACAAGCGCACAUAUUUCAAGCACAAAUUGUUGUGCCGCUUGUGAUAAAGCUGGAUGAGCUCAAAGGUGAAAGCCAGGAGCUGCGCACUAGCUUGCUCGACGUAGUGCGUCAUAUAGUUUCCCAGCUUUAUCUAGCAGAUGAACGCGGCCUUCGCUCUAUACUCAUGGCUGCUUUGUUGCAGCUGCGGGUUCCUGGCGGUGCCAAAAUGCUGCCUAAUCUCUCGGAGGAAAUUAAAUUGGCAGCUGUGCUCUGUAUGUCGGAAGCUCUGCGACGCUCUCCAGGCGAUGUACUUGAGAUGUUUUACACCAAAGACAAGGUGUUGGUAAUUGGCCAAGUGCUGCUCACGCUAGUGGCUCUUAUACAACAGGAAAAGAAUCGCAAGUUGGUCAUUGCAUCGCUUGAUUGCCUUAUGGUCCUGUUUGGUGUGCAAGAAGGUGUCCUUGAGACGGAUUAUGUGCUACGCCAUCAAAUUGCCAAUACCAUCUUUAUCUAUCUGCCUAAAGUUGUAACAGUGCUCUUUGUGACUGCAAAGGGCGAUGACAAAAUGGGCCAAACCAUCAAAUCAAUGGCUGUAAAAGCCUUGGGUCGCAUAAUAUGCAUUAUGUUUGAGGAAACGGAUAAAAUUGGGGGUGGACGUUAUGAUCUGGAUGCAUUUCGAUUGCUGUUUGAUAAUGCCAGCAAGGAGCAGUCAAGUGAUCUAAAUUUGUUCGCAAGCAAAAGCAGCACACAAGAGCAGAACGAUGAGCGACUGAGGCAGCUGCAAGCGAACCCACGUUCCGCAGACUGGAUGACAGCCUCCAUGAAACACAUGACGCCCAUUUUCGCCGAGACCAGCAUACUGAGAGCACAUGAUAGCAUCGAAGUGCGCAAAGCAUACGCUGAAAUGUGUUGUCUACUGCUUCAGAAUUGUGGCAGCAAUCUGCAGCAGAACUUCCUCCACCUGCUAGAGAGCACUUUGGCUUUGUCUGAGGAUGAGGACCAACAAAUUGCACAACUGUGUCAAGCGACACUGCGUCAGCUGCAGGACCAACAACGUUAUUCCAGCAUCUUUGACGAAAAUGUCGAAUUGCUACUUGAUACGCAUCUGCACAGACUACCACGCAUUCUACAUCGUUGCGAUGACAACGAACAGUUUGCCGAGCUGCUAUUCCUUAAAGGUUGUUUGCACAAUCUCAGCGCCGACAAAUUACAGCUGCUGAUGCUGGUGCACAAGAACUUGGCGCUGUUUGUCAUGUGCCUACUGUCCGCCCUGGAUCAGCGUCUGUCACGUGAGCUGCUCAACGAAGAGUAUUCGUUGCGCAAAGUCGUUGAGGGCAGCACCAGAGAGUUGGCUGCACAACUCACUCAAUUGCCUUGGCGCCAGUUUAAAUAUCUUAGCUCGAAGCGUUGCGUGGAUGCCCUUUACGACAUUGGAGCGCUUCUGGGCAGCGAACCUGCUUUGCAUCAUUUAAUCUUUGACUUUUGCCAAGACUUGAUCAAACAACACAGUCCAUCUAUGAAUGAGGCUAUAUUAUUGAUCACGCUUAUGGUAACGCCUCAGCAACGAACUGAGCGUAGCAGUCGCUUAAAGUUGUCCCAACUUUUCGUAGAGCAGCUGCUCGCAGAUGAGCACUGGCAGUUGGCGUUGCAUCCAGAUGCAGCUUGGCGUCUCAAACCCGAUAAGCCCACAUCUUGGUGGCAGGAUCAUACACCUGGUAUGUACUCGGGUGCUUUAGAGGUGCGCACUCAGGAUUGUGAUUCGGACGAUGAGAGCGAACCGCUCAGCAGUCGCGUCAGUAUUUCAGAUGCUCAAUUUAAUGUGCUGCAUACCUGCAUUGUGCUCGAUGCCUUGGGUCACUGUGCCAGCUUUAUUGGCGACACCUUCGAUCGUCACAUUUUUCGCAGCUUGCAUAGAGUGCUUUUAAAGUUGGCCAGCAGCAAUACAAUUGUUCAUCAAGCUGCCACAUUUGCCUUUGUGUCCAUCCAGCGUGCAUUGAAGUAUGCUCAACCAUCACAUUUCAUUGAGUGCUCCACGGACUACAUCACAUUCCAUCUUAACACUCUGCUGAAGAAGUCGCCAGAGAGCAACGCCGCCGUGGAUAUUCUCAGCGUAGUGCUGCAAUAUAGCACGCGUGGCAAUGUGCCGCACUUGGACAGCAUAUUCCAGACAAUCUGUGAAGAGUGCGCCAAGUCGCAUCAAUCCGAUAACAUUUACUCAUAUCUGCGUGUCUUCAAUGCCUUUCUGCGUCACGUCACCAGUUGGCAAAGUGAAACAGUGCAGCAAGUUGACGACAUUCAAAUGCAAGUGGAGGAUGAGGAACAUCAUAUUUUAAACACUUGGCUAAAUGUUCUCAAUAAGGUAACGAUUGAUGAACCCAUUGAUUUGAAUAGUGCGCCCAAGGAAGAACCAGAUGUCACUAUGCCGCCCGAAGGCGACGAAAAGAAUCCCUCAACAGAGCCUACGAAACCGGAGCUACCGCGUCAUAUUGCCAUGACUAAAGAGAUAUUAAGUCAGGUAAUUAAGUUCUUAUCAAACUCGGAGCAGACGCAACAAAUUCUGGCUCUGGAAUGCCUGGCUACUGGAGUACCACUGCUCGCGGACUAUGAGAACGAGCUCUUGCCGUUGGUGCAUCUAAUUUGGCAGCCACUGGUUGAGAAAUUUCGUCAGAAAGAUGCUCUUGUGUUAAGUCGAUGUUUCAGUCUUCUGCACAUACUCGGUUUGCAUGCUAAGGAUUUUAUUUUGAAGCGUAGUCUUAGUGAUGUUGUGCCACAACUGCGGGAAUUCCUUAAGGCAGCCAGCGUACACAGCAUCGCAGAGAAAUCUCUAGCUUCAACGCAAGAAUACAAAUUGCAGCUGAAGCUAUUGGAGCAUUUACCGGCAUUCAUUCGAAGCUUGCAGAUUGAUGGAAAACAUUUGCAUGACCUACUCAGCAUUGUGGCCUUGUAUUUGUCGCAGGCACAACCUAAGGAAAUGCAGCAACUUGCUGCACAAGUUUUCCACAAACUAUUUGACUACAAUGGACCAUUUGUGUAUGUGACGCUGUUGCAGCGCGCUCAUCUCAAGGAUUACAAGACAAAUGUGAAUGACAUAUUUGAUGUCAUAGGAUUAAGUUUAGCCAAACAAGUCGAUGUUGAUCUUAACUAAUUAAAUAAAAAAGAAAUCAAUUUUAAUUAUUACACAAUUGCUCUAUUCUGCAUUCCAUUCAAAUAGUUUAAUAUUACAGAAUUUAAUGCUAAAUGUCUUUUGUGAUGCAUUGAAUUUGAAUUGAAAUGGAUUAUUGAGGUAUUUUUUGUUUCUAACUUGCGUAAUUUUUAUUAAAAUGACUUGAUAUAUAAACAAAUUUAAGGAUGAAACAAAAGCAUUUGGGCAAAAAAAUUAAAAUAAAAACGGAUAUAGAAAUGCGGGCGGGGCAGGGAUAGGGGAGAUUAUGUUAAAACUGUGUGGACCACGCAGAUUAUUGCCAAAAGUUUUUUGUUUUUAGAAAAUGCUAUGCAUAAACAUAAUACAUUUGUUUACUGUUUACGGGUUGAUUCUUUUCUCUUCAUUUAGUUUUAGUUUUUGUUUAAUAGCACAAACACUUUAAAGUGAUUUACUCAGAUGCUUAGCACCCAAAUUAAACUUAGCAUCUGACUUUUAAAGCCACAUUAAUUAUAUCAUUCUUUGUAUGCAUAGUUUUUCUUGUAUCAAAUAUAGCAGAAUUUGUUUGUUGUAAAGUGAUUGCUAUGCACAGUUGCCAUCAGUCCAACUUAAAACACAACAGUGUUAUUUACUCGAACUCCACCUUGUAAACAGUCGAAUAAUAAGCAAGCUGUUGGCUAAAAGGUCCUUUGAGCAUUUUAGAAUUCGUGGUUUUCCAGUUUUCUUGUUGUUGUGUUUUGCGAUUGUGGGUUCUCAAGCAUGGGCAGGAAGGGAUUUUUAGUUGUUCUUUUUGUUUUUGUUUUUUCUUUAGGAAUUUAUAGUGUGCUUAGCUAUUGUUAUGCAUAGUUGCUACGUUGCUAUGACUACGCCAGCCAGUUCAUCAGACUAUUGGCAUAUGCCAUAGGCUUCACAUCAGGAUGUGG